AUGCUCUGUUUGUCUUCAGUGCCAUUUGCUUUCCGAAUUCUGAUUCAGUGAACGACAACCAAAAUUGUUUUCUCAGUGAGCUUGAUUUCAUAGUCUUCUGGAUUUCAAUCAGCCACUUCUGGGUCUUCCAAUUCCUCAACUGUAAGUGUCGUCUCUAAAAGCUUGCUGCUUCUUGGAAUUGAUUGGUUCUGGUGAAUUGGGUUAUCUCUUUUCUUGAUGGGUACAUCAUCUGCACAGUACCCAUUUGGUAUCAGUGUCCAUUUCCAUGGAAAUUCUAGGGUUUCACCUUCUACAACUGAGUUCUUAAACUUCAAAUUUCUUUCCAAUGGAGACUUUUCAAGAACAAAUUCGUACUUGAGUUCUGCUCCAACUAGUACUUCUAAGGAACGUGUUGGCCGGAUAUAUUCUCUGCCUGAUAUUGGUGAUUUCUUCUGGGAUAAAGUUCCAACACCCAUGCUAGAUAUGGUUGAAAACCCUAUGCAUUUGAAGAACUUGUCUCCAAAGGAACUGAAACAAUUAGCUGAUGACAUCCGGUCAGAGUUAUCUUUUAUAAUGUUGAAAACUCGAAACCCCUGCAAAGCCAGUCUUGCGGCAGUGGAGUUGACAAUUGCAAUACACCAUGUUUUUCAUGCUCCGGUGGACAAGAUAUUGUGGGAUGCAGUGGAGCAAACAUAUGCACAUAAGAUCCUCACUGGAAGGCGGGCCCUCAUGCAUACACUUAGAAAAAAGAAUGGUCUUUCAGGUUUCACAUCCCAUUUUGAGAGUGAAUUUGAUCCAUUUGGUGCAGGGCAUGGAUGCAACAGUAUUUCUGCUGGACUUGGAAUGGCAGUUGCACGGGAUAUUAAAGGGAAGCGAGAACGUGUAAUUGCGGUAAUCAGCAAUGCGACAACCAUGAACGGUCAGAUUUAUGAGGCAAUGGGCAAUGCAGGUUAUUUGGACUCAAACAUGGUUGUGAUAUUGAAUGACAGUUGCCAUUCAUUACACCCAAAGCUCGAGGAGGGCCACAAGACACCAAUCAAUGCUCUAUCUAGUACUCUAAGCAAGCUGCAGUCCAGUAAAUCCUUCCGGAAAUUCAGAGAAGUAGCCAAGGGUCUCACUAAGAGAUUUGGUAGCGGUAUGCAUGAAUGGGCAGCCAAAGUUGAUGAGUUCGCGCGUGGUAUGAUGGGUCCACUAGGAGCAACACUCUUUGAGGAGCUGGGGUUGUACUACAUUGGCCCCGUUGAUGGACACAACAUCGAUGACCUUUUAUGUGUUCUACAUGAAGUUGCAUCCUUGGAUUCGAUGGGUCCCGUGUUGGUUCAUGUAAUAACAAAGGAAGAUCCGGAAGUAGAAGUUACCCAAAAGAACAACACAGCAAACAAACAUAGCGAAAAUUCAUGUAACCGUGAUUCAUUACCAUGUAGUAGUCACCCUCGAACAUAUAGUGAUUGCUUUGUGGAGGCUCUGAUUUCAGAGGCAGAAAGAGACAACGAAAUUGUCGCAGUUCAUGCAGGAAUGGGAAUGGAACGAUCACUUGAACUAUUUCAGGAGAAGUUCCCAGACAAGUUUUUUGACGUGGGGAUGGCUGAGCAGCAUGCAGUUACAUUUUCUGCCGGUUUGUCUUGUGGGGGAUUGAAGCCAUUUUGUAUAAUUCCAUCUGCUUUUCUGCAGAGAGCUUAUGAUCAGGUUGUUCACGAUGUAGAUCGGCAGAGAAUUCCAGUGCGUUUUGUCAUCACAAGUGCAGGAUUGGUAGGAUCUGAUGGUCCCACACAUUGUGGAGCAUUUGAUAUAGCUUUCAUGUCAUGUUUGCCAAAUAUGAUUCUCAUGGCACCAUCUAACGAGGAUGAUCUCGUACACAUGGUAGCCACGGCAGCCCAUAUUAAUGACAGGCCAGUUUGCUUCCGGUAUCCUAGAGGUGCUAUUGUUAAGAAUAGCACUACAUGCAGUGGAGUUCCAAUUGAAAUUGGUAAAGGGAAAGUUCUUAUAGAGGGUAAAGAUAUUGCUUUGCUUGGCUAUGGAGCUAUGGUACAGAACUGCCUUAAAGCCCAGUCCCUUCUUUCAGAGCUUGGAAUUGAUGUCACUGUUGCCGAUGCAAGAUUUUGCAAGCCACUUGACAUAAAGCUGGUCAGGCAGCUAUGUGAAAACCAUGCCUUUCUGAUCACCGUUGAGGAAGGCUCUAUUGGAGGAUUUGGAUCACAUGUUGCACAAUUUAUUACACUUGAUGGGCAACUCGAUGGAAGAAUCAAGUGGCGACCGAUUGUUUUACCAGAUAACUACAUAGAGCAUGCUUCACCAAAGGAACAGCUUGCUAUUGCAGGCCUGAGCGGACACCACAUUGCUGCAACAGCAUUGAGUCUGCUUGGACGUACCCGUGAAGCUCUCCUUUUGAUGUGCUAGGGGUGUGAUUUCUUUUUAUCGUUGUCGAUGAUUGAAGCUGCUGGGGAAGAAAGAGUGUCGAUGAAUCAAAGCUCUAGAGUGACGUUUCGUCUACUGAUCUUUGGGUAUUUUCUCUCUCAUUGUGGUGUUGUAGUUUGUACAUAUGUGAUUGCUGCUUUUGCCCCCUUAAUUAUAUGGUAUCAUUUAUUUUGUCCCAAGGGCAGGUUUAUUUCUUUCUAAAACAUGAUCUACAACUAAAUACAUGAUAAUAAAUAUUCUUUCUUAAUUA